AUGGCGUCCAUGUUUAAUGACUACACGACCAUUGAAGAUGAAAAUGCAACACACAUGAGUCCAAACACAUCUUUUAUGGAAGAAUAUACAUCGUACACAACAACAGAGUCAACUUAUGUACUAAAGAAGGAAGAUUUCCUGGAGUACCAAAUUUCACUGAAAAUAAAACUCUACUCAUUACCGGUGAUACUACUAAUUGGAGUUCCGGGAAACGUAAUUUCCUUUGCCGUUCUCGUCUUUUCCAACCUUCGGAGGAGCACCACCUCUUUGUACCUGGCGGUCAUCUCGGUUCUGGACACCAUCGUUCUGGCGACGGGUGUCUUCUGGUACCUCAGCUCGGAGAUGCCGCAUCUGAGAGUCAUAAACGACGUCUCCUGCAGGUUGGUGAACGUCGUCUUCUACGUCUCCAUCCAUUACAACGUCCUCCUGGUGGUGGCUGUGACGGUGGAGAGGUUCAUCGUGGUCGUGUUCCCGCUGAAGGCGCAGUUGUGGAUCUCCAUGAGGAGGACUGUCGUCGUGAUCGUCUGCUGCGGAGUCUUCUCGUUUGGUCUCAAUCUCUGCCACGUGUUCAUCAGGACCGUGAGGAUUUCAAGGGCAACAGGCAAACCGUACUGUGGAAGUACAGGCGGACAGACGACGAUAUUCUUCCUGUACAGAAUAUACCCAUGGAUAGAUUCUAUUAUGUACUGCAUCCUGCCCAUGACGUCACUCUUUGUUCUAAAUAUGGUCAUGCUGCGUCACAUGAAGAAAGUGAUCCGCUCGCGGCAGUCCAUGCAAUGCCUGCAUGCUAAAGAGAACCAGUCGAGCCAAUCCAGCCAACGACAGAUGACAACCAUGCUCCUAUUAGUCUCUUUUUCAUUCCUCAUUCUGACUGGACCAAUCGGAACCUUUCUUGUAGUCCGAAGGAACGCGUGGACCCCCAAGAUGCCAAAAGAGAAAGCGAUUAUGGACUUAUUGUCCAGCGUCAUCAACAACAUGGCGUACACAAACCAUGCGAUAAAUUUCGUAUUCUACUGUUUCUCGGGGCAGAGGUUUCGAAACGAGCUGAGGCGCAUGUGCACUCGUCUUGUAGCCAAAAGCAGGAAGCCAAAUUUGCAGCGAGACAUAACUGUAAUUUCGAAAUAG